CCUUCCGCUCCUUUAACUAUGGCGGUUCGCGGCGUGGGGCGCUUGACCUGCCUGUCCCUGUGUGCCCAAAGAAACGCUCGAUUCCAGCGUCCUGUUUUUAGGCCUCUCAGUUGUCCAGGAACUGUAGCCGCAGACUUCAGAAGAGAAGAGCAGCCCUCUGGGAGCGCGGCGACAGGCUCUGAAGACAGAAGUCCCAAAAAGAGAUUCACUGAGGUGCAAAAAGAAAGACGAGAACAGGCACAGCGAACUGUUUUAAUUCAUUGCCCAAAUAAAAUCAGUGAAAAAAAGUUUCUCAAGUAUUUAUCCCAACAUGGACCUAUUAAUAAUCAUUUCUUCUAUGAGAGCUUUGGUCUCUACGCUGUUGUAGAAUUUUGCCAAAAGGAAAGUAUACGUUCACUGCAGAAUGGAACUCAUACUCCAAGCAUGGUCACAGAGGCUGCAAUUCCAUUCAGGUCACGUUUCUUCAAUUUAAAGCUAAAGAAUCCAUCAAACCAGACUUCUGAACGGCCAUGUAUACAGUCAAGUAAUCAGUUGCCUCCUUCAAGCAAGAAGCUUUUUGAAUUACUUUGUUAUGCAGAAAGUAUAGAUGAUCAGUUAAACACUCUCCUGAAGGAAUUCCAGCUAACAGAGGAAAACACCAGGCUCCGGUACCUCACCUGUUCUCUUAUUGAGGACAUAGCAGCUGCAUAUUUUCCAGACUGUGCAGUCAGACCAUUUGGCUCUUCAGUGAACACUUUUGGGAAAUUGGGAUGUGAUUUAGACAUGUUUUUGGAUUUAGAUGAAAUUGGAAAACUCAGCACUCAUAAGAACAUAGGAAAUUUUUUGGUGGAAUUUCAAGUGAAAAAUGUUCCUUCAGAAAGAAUUGCAACUCAGAAGAUCCUUUCUGUGAUAGGAGAAUGCCUUGACCACUUUGGCCCCAGUUGUGUGGGUGUACAAAAAAUAUUAAAUGCUCGGUGUCCGCUUGUGAGAUUCUCCCACCAGGCCUCUGGAUUUCAGUGUGAUUUGACUACUAACAAUAGGAUUGCCUUGAAAAGUUCUGAACUCCUUUAUAUCUAUGGUGCCUUGGAUUCAAGAGUAAGAGCCUUGGUGUUCAGUGUGCGAUGUUGGGCUCGAGCACAUUCCUUAACGACUAGUAUUCCUGGUGCUUGGAUUACAAAUUUCUCUCUUACAGUGAUGGUCAUCUUUUUUCUCCAGCAAAGAUCACCCCCUAUACUUCCAACACUAGAUUCCCUAAAAACCCUAGCAGAUGCAGAAGAUAAAUGUAUAAUAGAAGGCAACAACUGUACAUUUAUUCGUGACUUGAAUAAAAUUAAACCUUCAGAAAACACAGAAACAUUAGAAUUACUACUGAAGGAAUUUUUUGAAUAUUUUGGAAAUUUCGCUUUCAAUAAGAAUUCCAUAAAUAUUCGACAGGGAAGGGAACAAAAUAAACCCGAUUCUUCUCCUCUGCACAUUCAGAACCCUUUUGAAACUUCUCUCAACAUUAGCAAAAAUGUAAGUCAAAGUCAGCUACAGAAAUUUGUAGAUUUGGCCAGAGAAAGUGCCUGGAUUUUACAAGAGGAAGAUAAAGAUCGACCUUCUCCAUCAAGUAACCAGCCCUGGGGGCUGGCAGCCCUACUGCUGUCAUCCGUCACAAAUAGUAAGUCCCUUGCCAAGAAGAAAAACAAAAGGCCUGCGAGUGAAAGAAUUAGAAGCUUGUUAGACUCCAUAAAAAGUAACAGUACAGAAAACGCCACAACCGCCAAUGGGAAAAGAACAAUUAGUACUCACACGUAAUGGCUGCUGCUUUGCUUUAAGAACUGAUUUUAUCAUACAAAAUGGCCUGUGGACUACUGAGAAGAACAGAUGUGACAGUUGACAGAUCUCAUCUUUUGUCAUUCCUUUGCACAGCCUUUAUCACUUGCCCCCUUAACUUUGUGGGAUGUUUUCUGCCUGACCAAGCUGAUACUAAGGUGGCAUUUUAUUACAACGUCAACUACAAGGAAUGGACAAAAGAAGGUUGGAAUGUACUUGACUAAAUAAACUAUACAAAUUGAAUAGUAAAGAUGAGUUUUAGAAUCUAACCCUUUAAAAGGACUUCUAGUUAUAUAUGUAUGGCAAUGAAUACAAUAAAGCUUCAGAAUUUGGGAGUGCUCUUUAA